UCUUUUUGUUUUUAGAUGUCACUUCAUUGACUAAUUAGUAACUAUAUUUCUAUUAUUUAAAAAAAAAAUAAAGUAUUAAAUGAAAGAAAAAAAUAAAACAAUGAAAACACUGGUGAAUAUGAUUUUGGUUGAAAAAUUGGUUGCUAAUAUAUCAAGUUUGAUUGGAAUGCAUAAAAGUAUUAAAUGUAUUCAACAGAGUCAUAACUAUGUAUUCACCACAGAUGCUUUGUUGUACUUCAAUGCUAUUGACAAUAAGCACUGGACUCACCAUGUAAUUAGUGAAAAAUGUGCGUGUUUCAUGGAGAAAAACUUAUUUGGCUCAGAAUUUUUUUUGUUUUAUGUCGGAGCUUGGUGUCAAUGUUUCAAAGAGCUUCUAGAUAAAGGUUUGCCUGGUGAGCUAAUAAUUCAAGGUUGUAUGAAAAUAUUGUCUCAAGCAAUAAAUUCGUUUCGUGAAAGUUUUGUUUAUGGUUUCGCCACUGUUAGUAACAUAAAAUAUAUUAUUAAUUUAAAAAAAAGUUUUUAUCUUAAUCAAAAUAUUGGUGUCAACACUUCUCAAAAUAUCGAACUUAGUACUCAACCUUCGUAUUGUUGUUAUACUACUGGGUCUGCCAUAAAUAAAACGUUUGAUUGCAAAAAAUCUUCUUCAUCAACAAUAAAUCUACCAAAGCCGGUUUUUAACAAAUACAGUAGACAUUUAAUCAAUAAAGAGGAUAUUUGUUCAAACGAAAAGAAAAUAAUUUUAGAUCGAUUUUGUCGUUUAUGUUGCUUUUCCUCAAAUGAAACUGUUUUAGAACUGAUUUCCAGUCUCUAUGAAGCCCAUUUCAAUAACAUGGCAAAUUUUGAUAGUUUGCAUAAUGAAGAAAUACCUGAGCUUAAUCUGAAAUGCGUUUUCACUGAAACAUGCGUUAACACAUUUAAGUCUAAAGUUUUUGACGGCAUACUCGUUCCAGUUCCAUCCGAAAACAUUUCAAAUAUUUCACUAUUGCAACAUUUUCAAAGCGGUAUUAAAAACGUAAUCUUAAUUAAUACAAUUUCAUAUGGUGUUGACUUGCCUUGCGUUGAUGACGUCAAAAUAGUUGAAAAUAUUGUAUACAAUGACUAUAUAUUGUCUAAUUCGCCUAUUUCUGAGCAGGUUAUUAACACGUUGUUGAAGUCAAAUAUUGGUAUUAUUAUACAUAGAGGCGAUUUGGGUGCAACAGCAAUAACUGAGUUAAACCGUAUAGGCAUAUUAGAUAUUCAAAUAAAAUCUUAUUAUCGACUUCACUGCUUGUCUAGAUUGCUAUCUGUGAGUAUUUGCUAUGAUUUGAAUGACCUUUCUCAAAAAAACAUUGGACAGGUUGAAGUUUCACAAAUCAGUUUAUUUGCUGAAUCGGUUAAAAAUACAGCUGUUGCAGAUAAUACCAGAGUUUACUUAAAGUUAAAUUCAAAUUUUAUGAAAUAUUACACAGUUGUAUUAUGCGAGAGAACUUUAGAUUUGUUAAAUCUUCUGAUAGAUGAGUUUAACUACAGCUUUCAUCGAGUUCAAAGUGUUUUUAAAAAUAAAAUGAUAGUAUUGGGAUAUGCUGAAAACGACAUUGUCAGUAUUUUAAAAGAUAAUAAAAAUGUUAACAAAGUGGUGUUACGUGGUCAUAACGUCACCAAGUGCUAUCAUUACGUGAAUGAUUGCGAAAUGUUUUUUUAUUCUGAUUUUUUAAAAGAGCGUGUUCUUAAAGUUUUUGAAAAGUAUUUGCAGCUUUUUUUUGAUCGCACCGACAUUGCGCAAUUUUUUAUGGAAGAUUUUCAUUUUCGUGCUGGAUUAUGGGAAGAUUCAUUAAAAUGCGCGAGUUUAUUAAUGAAAAUUGAUGUGGUAGAAGUAAAUUUUUAGAAGCUUUUAAAAUGUUAAAAAACUUAAUAAAAAAAUAAAAACUUAAAUAAAAAUUCUGUUAUUUUUAUAAAAGACUUCUUUAGAAAAUAAAA